UUUAUUUCACUAUUCAGUUUUACGGCGUAAGUCAAGCACUGCACUUCCAAUUGUAUUCUAAAAGUGCUGAAGCCUACAUUCCAACCGAGUUUUUAUGCAAAUUUGUGUAUACGCUAGAAACGUUUUCAGAAUGUCUAAAAUUUUGGGUGUACGUUGUGCCGGCACAACUGUUUCGCGUUUGUUUAUAUUCAACGAAAAGCAACAACAAUUGCAAAAAUGUCAAAUUGCAUUUCAAUCGACAGUCGGCAAUGUCAAGGUUGACAGUCUUGACAACAAAUCAUUCGACGUGGAGUGGCAACAGGCCUUACCUUACAAGUCCCUGCCCAGACUGUCUAGAUAUCAAAUGUUACGAGGCUUCUUAAAAGGAGGUGAAUUUGCCGAUCUUUCGCUAAACGAUUUCCUUUUCAAGUGUCGUGAACGUCUCGGCGAUAUCUAUCGUCUGCCUGGUGUGAUUGGACAGCCAGACUCUGUUGUACUCUUCAAUGUGAAUGACUUUGAAAAGGUCUAUCGUACAGAAGGUAUUUGGCCAAGUCGUCCUGGUACAGAUGCGGUGAGAUACUAUCGGCAAAAUCGGAAGGAUGGGUUUUUCAAAGAAACUAUGGGUCUGAAUGAUAACGGUGAAAAUUGGGCGAAGUUUCGACAUGUGGUAAAUCCAGUUUUGAUGCAGCCUAAAAAUGCUAAACUCUAUUUGGAUCCGUUGCAAAAAGUAAAUUUGGAAUUUGUAGAAAGAAUCCGUGAGAUACGCGAUCCACAAACACUAGAAGUACCCGAUAACUUUCUAGUGGACAUUAACCAUCUCGCUUUCGAUUCUGUUGCCGUUGUUGCAUUGGAUCACGAAUUCGGUUUGAUACGUAAGAAUCCCGACUUAAAAGACGCCAAAGUGCUCUGUGAGAAUAUGAGCGCAUUUCUCAAAUCCAUUUAUGAUUUGGGCAUUAAACCAUCAUUUUAUAAAUACAUUACUACACCAACAUAUCGACGUUUCGCCAAAUCAAUGGAUCUGAUGUUCGACAUAACGAAUCACUAUGUAAAUGAAGCGUUGACGCGUUUGGAGGCAAAUCCCUCAAAGGAUGGUGAAGAACGCAGUGUUUUGGAGAAAUUGCUGAAAAUCAAUCGGAAAACAGCGAUAGUUAUGGCAAUGGAUAUGCUAAUGGCUGGUGUAGAUGGGCCCUCCAGCGCAAUAUCCGCCAUACUGCUGUGCAUCGCCGCGAACCCCGCAAAGCAACAGAAACUGCGUGAAGAGCUGCUCGCAGUGCUGCCACACCGCAGUGACCAUUUCACAAUUGAAAAUAUGAAACAGUUGCCAUAUCUGCGUGCCUGCAUCAAGGAAGCACUGCGCUUCUAUCCCCUCGCCUUUGGUAAUGCGCGUGAAACUGGCACCGAUCUCGUGCUCAGCGGUUAUCAGGUGCCGAAGGGUACCGGCGCUUUAAUAAGCUCAAAUAUGCUGCCGAACGAAGAGCUUUUCUUUCCACGUCCACGUGAAUUCAUACCGGAGCGUUGGCUACGCAAUUCGGAUGCGACAUUAGCCGAUGGCGAGCGCCUAAUCGCUGAGAAUGUGAAUAAAUUCAUUAAUUUGCCGUUUGGUUUUGGACCGCGGAGCUGCGUCGGUAAGCGUAUUGUGGACAUAGAAAUGGAAUUGACGCUGGCUAAUUUAGUGCGCCAUUUCCGUAUCGAGUACAAUUAUCCGAUAAAGAAUCCGUUCAGAUAUCACCUGAUCGGUACGCCUGCUAUACCGUUGAAAUUCAAGUUUACCGAUUUGGAAUGAGGACGAGAAAGUUCGUUUUGAAGUCAAGUUUUGAGAUAUUUUAUUUGUAUUUUAUUUUCAUUUUUUGUUAUGUCAUUUUCGGGGCGUAUUAAUCAUUUUCGAUGUAUAUAUAACCAUGUAUAAUAUAUAUAUAAUUUUGCAA